AUGGCCAGGGACAAAUCCCUGUCCCUUGUUUUGCUUCUUCUAUGGGCAAUGGUACUUUCCUCUAACAAUUCUGCAGCUUCCCUGGAAUCCCAAGCUGAAGCGGACGCUCUACUCAAGUGGAAAGCCAGUCUAUUAGAAAGAGAGGCACUCAGUUCAUGGUCGUUACUCCCCAACGCCAAUGCUUCUACCACCCAAGAUAGCUCUCCAUGCAACCGGACCGGAAUCUCAUGCAACAGUGCUGGAAGAGUAACAGGAAUAAGCCUACAUGAUGCAGGUUUGCAAGGUAAGCUUGAUAAUUUGAGCUUCUCCUCCUUCCCAAACCUGGCCCACAUUGUUCUCGACCAGAAUGCACUCCUUGGAACCAUCCCAGCUCAAAUUGGCACUCUUUCUGAACUAAUCACCCUUGACCUUUCUUCAAAUCAGCUUUCUGGUUCAAUUCCUAAAGAGAUAGGGGAGUUGAAGAAGGUGACAAUGGUAAACUUGUCAAAUAACCAUAUAGCAGGUUCUAUCCCAUCCUCUUUAGGAAACUUGACCAACCUCGUUAACUUAUAUAUGUUUGAUAAUCAGAUAUCUGGUUCAAUUCCUCAACAAGUAGAAAAUCUCAAAUUUCUGGAACAGCUAGAUGUGUCUGGCAACCUGUUAAAUGGUUCCCUUCCUGCUACUCUAGGAAACUUGACCAACCUUGUCUUCGUAUUCCUCUGCAGCAAUGAAAUUUCUGGCCCCAUCCCAAGUGAAAUAGCUAACCUUAAAAAGCUGAUUUGGUUUCAAGUUUGUACUAACCUUCUAACAGGUUCCAUUCCUUCUAAUCUAGAAAAUAUGACCACACUCGAGAGCUACCUCACUGGUCCAAUCCCUCCAUCUCUUGGAAAUUUGAGUCGCCCAACCAAUCUCUACCUAUUUCAAAAUCAGUUCACUGGUCCAAUCCCUCCAUCUUUUGGAAAUUUGAGAAGCCUAACCGAUCUCUCCCUAGCUCUAAAUCAGCUCACCGGUCCAAUCCCUCCACCUCUCGGAAAUCUGACAAGCCUAACUGUACUUCAACUCUUCGAUAAUCCCUUAUCUAGUUCAGUACCCACAGAAAUCUCAAAUCUAACACGUUUGGAGAGGCUACAUUUGGGUAACAACAACUUCUCUGGUCACCUACCUCAAGUAUGCCAAAGCAGAUCAUUAACCCACUUCACUGCCUGUAACAACUAUUUCACUGGUCCCAUGCCUGAAAGCCUGAGAAACUGCACUACCUUAAUAAGAGUCCGGCUCGAGCAUAAUCAGCUCACAGGAAAUAUAUCCCAAGUUUUCGGAGUAUAUCCAAGUUUAGAGUACAUUGAUCUGAGUUAUAAUAAAUUGCAUGGUGAGCUGUCACCAAGAUGGGGACAAUGUCAAAACCUGACGCUGCUAAAAAUAUCUGAGAACAAACUCACUGGUAGAAUUCCACCAGAAAUUGGGUAAUUGAGUCAGCUACAUCAGCUCGACCUUUCAUCGAACAACCUUGAAGGAAAGAUUCCUAGCAGCCUGGGGAGUUUGUCCCUGCUUUACAACUUGAGUUUACAAAAUAACAGACUAUCUGGUUGGGUACCAGGUGAAAUUGGAAAACUAUCCAAUUUGGAAAUUCUUGACCUAUCAAAGAACAAGCUGAGGGGGGUGAUACCACAGCAACUGGGGGACUGCUCCAAAUUGGGGAAUUUGAGCAUAAGUGAGAAUUAUUUGAAUGGAAGCAUUCCGUUUCAAAUUGGUAAUCUAAUAGGCCUUCAGAGUACCUUGGAUCUCAGCUGUAACUUCCUUUCAGGAGAGAUAAGCCAACAACUAGGGAAACUGCAAAUGUUGGAAAAGCUAAAUCUCUCCCACAAUUCACUCUCAGAUUCCAUCCCAUCAUCUUUCAAAUAGAUGAUCAGUUUAUCUUCCAUCGACUUUUCAUACAAUGAUUUGGAGGGCCCUCUCCCUGAAUGCAAAGCCUUCCGUCUGGCUCCGUCAGGGGCAUUCAUCCACAACAAAGGUUUAUGCGGUGAAGCAAAAGGCAUGCAACCUUGUAAUUCCUCUUCGAUAAAGCCUCGCGAUGGGAAGAAAGACCACAAGGUUGUGAUCAUUAUUCCUAUAAUGGCAGCCUUAUUUCUUCUACUUGUAUUUGCCACCAUUUUUUACAUUUUCCUACAAAGAUCCCGCAGAACAAGAAAUGCAGAGAAAUGGGACCUGGAGGUGAAAAAUGGAAAUCUAUUUGCAAUAUGUAAUUUCGAUGGAAAGAUUGCAUAUGAAGACAUCAUCAGGGCAACGGAGGAUUUCAAUUACAAAUAUUGCAUUGGGGCUGGAGGAUAUGGAAAGGUUUAUAAAGCAGAUCUACAGAUGGGUCAGGUGGUUGCUGUGGAAAAACUUGACUCAUCACUAGGUAGCGUACAAGCUGAUCAAAGAAGCUUUGAAAAAGAGAUACAAGCAUUAACAGAAAUUCGACAUCGCAACAUCAUGAAGCUCUAUGGGUUUUGUUCCCAUGCUCGGUGUUCAUUUUUGGUGUACGAGUACAUGGAAAGGGGAAGCUUAGCUGGCAUCCUCAGCGGCAAUAAAGAAGGAGCUGUAGAAUUGGAUUGGGUGAAGAGGAUGGAAGUUAUCAGAGUAGCCGAUGCUUUAUCAUACAUGCAUCAUGAUCGCACUCCUCCUAUAGUUCAUCGGGAGUUAUCAAGUAAAAACAUUUUGUUGGAUUUAGAAUGUGAGGCCUGUGUCUCUGACUUUGGCACCGCAAGACUCAUAAAGCCAGAUUCAUCCAAUUGGUCCACACUCGCAGGCACUUAUGGAUACAUAGCUCCAGAGUUUGCUUACACAAUGAGAGUUACUGAGAAAUGCGACGUAUAUAGCUUUGGUGUUGUAGCAUUUGAAGUGAUAAUGGGAAGGCAUCCUGGAGAUCUUCUCUCAUCGUUGGCAACGUCUGGUGGCCAAGAUAUACUGCUGAUGGAUGUAUUGGACCAACGCCUCCCUCCUCCCACGCUUGAAAACAUGAAGGGUUUGGUUUCUACAGCCACGUUGGCACUUGCAUGCUUACAUGCCAGCCCUCAAUCUCGGCCAUCCAUGCGCCACGUGUCUCACGAGCUAUCCACUGGCAAGGCACCACUCCUUGGUGCUUUCCACAUGAUUACGUUGGGUCAACUGUUAGAUGCACAGACAUAAAAGGUUUGCUAACCGUGUACACGUGUGUCAGGUACCCAUGCCAAUAUGGAACAGGCAUCUGAGAUCCUACCUUCCAUCAGGUGGGCCACACUGUUUGGAUCUUUUGUCCUAGAACUCAAGUGGGCAAAUAUGUAUAUGAUUUACAGAACAUUAGAGCGGCUGAUAUUAUGCAACGAACAUAAGAAUCGUUGAAACAAAAUUUCAACUACUACGUGCAUUUUGGGGUCCACCUUGAAGAAGGGAACGUCCUGAUUUUCAGGCCAAAAGCUGUUAACAGUGUUGUGGACCUGAUGGAAAGCUCGGAUCUGGUCCAGCUGUUCCAUAUUGGCACGUGUGGUCAAUGAAAGGAAAACUCUACCAUCUACU